GUAUCCUGCGUGUGCGCGCAUCCGCGUCCGCGCGUGUGUGCUCGUGUUCUUGAAUGUCGGAUAGUGGCUGGAGUAGGAAAAGCGUGUUUACACAGACGGGCCGAGCGCCUGGGGAAUAGCGCACGGCGAGAGGAAGUGAGCCGGCUCGCUGUCUGCCUGCACCAACUUCCUGCUCAGAGAGAGAGAGAGAAAGAGAGAGAGAGAGAAAACAGUCGGGAUCCCAUUACAGUCCGACUGAGAGCUGCCGAGACGGCCGACAGCAUGGAAAAACAGCGCAUUAUACGGAAUUCUUUUUAAUAAAGUGAAAAAGGACCACAAAAAGCCCGACCAUUACGCACAGAUAUGGAGAGUGCCAUCACGCUGUGGCAGUUUCUGCUGCAGCUGCUGCUGGACCAGAGCCAUAAGCACCUGAUCUGCUGGACGUCCAAUGACGGCGAGUUCAAGCUGCUCAAAUCGGAAGAAGUCGCCAAACUUUGGGGCCUACGCAAAAACAAGACCAACAUGAACUACGACAAACUUAGCCGAGCACUACGCUACUACUAUGACAAGAAUAUCAUAAAGAAGGUGAUUGGUCAAAAGUUCGUGUACAAGUUCGUCUCAUUCCCUGAUAUUCUGAAGAUGGAUCCGCAAGCAGUGGAGCUCGGUCGGGACGGGGGUCACGUCGCAGGGGGCGUCAUGUUACAGGAGGUGGAGUCUGACGGUGAGGGGGAGGAGUCUCCGAAGCUGUCGCUGUCGUCGCUGAGAAGUCCCGUCUGUAGGAACGAGUAUCUUCACUCUGGUCUGUACUCGUCCUUCACAGUCAGUUCCCUCCAAAGCCCGCCGCUGCUGCGUCCAAUCAAAACCGAGAAGCAGCGAGGUGGCGAACGAGAGGAGGAGGGACAAACAGUGAUUCGGUUUGUCACUAAUCGAUCAGAGAAGGUCGUUCCCCUUGCAUCCUCCCCACCACCUGCAUCCGCGGAUGUUUUCUUCACUUCGAAAUCCUCCCCCUGCUCAUCCCGCAGCCCCUCCCCCACUCAUAGCCCUGUCUAUAUGCUGCGGCAGGGGCGGAGCCCGGAGGUUCGCAUAGACGAAUCAGAGCAGAUCGCUCAGCCUCUAAAUUUAUCAUCCGGCCACCGGGAGCGAGCCCAGAAUCAGGCCACGCCUCCCGAGAGGAGGACCGGUAACAACGGACUGCCUCCCAAAGCUCGGAAACCCAAAGGGCUGGAAAUCUCCGCCCCUUCCAUAUUGCUUUCAGGAAGUGACUUGGGCUCCAUCGCCCUCAACAGCCCAGCACUGCCCUCAGGGUCCCUCACGCCAGCCUUUUUCACUGCACAGACUCCCUCUGGAUUGCUGUUGACGCCCAGUCCUCUCCUGUCCUCCAUUCAUUUCUGGAGCAGCCUGAGUCCCGUAGCCCCUCUCAGCCCCGCCAGGCUACAAGGCCACAGUUCACUCUUUCAGUUCCCCUCCCUGUUGAACGGGCCGCUCCCGGUACCCCUCCCGAACCUGGACUCCUCCUCCCUCCUCCUGUCCUCCAGCGCUCAGAAAUCCUGAUUUCUGGACAAUUCUUAUAUCCAACCCCCCAGAGUUAAACCUUUACUCUCACACUAAGAAGGAAUUAAGGACCUUCAUGUCAUUUUUUUUGAGCCAGACUGCACUUCACCCUCUUGUGGCCACCAUCACCUAUAGCACCCUUCAGUUCUGUUGAGUUUUGGACCAGCAAACUUUGUGUUUUCUUUUUCAACUCAGGCUGCAAUCCAACAAGCUCACCAAAUUCCUCCGCAAGCUUUUAAAAUAGGGAAUUAUUAUGAGCUAAUGCCAAAGAACAUGAAGUGUCCUUUUGAGAAGAUGGUGAGUCAUUGGAAAUGGAGCCUUAGAGAAUCUGUAGUCUCGUUUUAUUGGAGAACAUGUCUCUUCGACAGUCUCAAAUCGAGACAAACGAUGCUGGACGACAGGAAACACGUUCAAACCAGCGUAGACUUUCUGUUCCUCCUCAAAACAUGAUGCUUUCCAACAGUUCUCCAUUCCCAAGGUGCUUCAACUGGAAAGAUCUCCCGUUUUUGUCGACCAGUUCAGACUUCGAAGAAACAUUUAAACCAUAUUAAAGGAAUCUCGUUAGCAUUUAAGUCUCUUUUUUUAGUUCUCUGAGGCUGUGAACCGGGUUUCUGUUUGAUAUUGUAUGAUAUUGCGUUAUAUGCACUGUGCUUUAAAUGUACUACCGGCUGUGCCUUUUGUGUAUUUGUAUUAUUUUCCUGCUUAAAUACAUUUUGUAAUAGACGAAAUUCCAUUUCAAUAUUGGAAAGAAAAGCUUUGUAAUAGCUUCCGGUUAUUUUUUUUUUCAUUAAUGAAUUGAUUAAAAAGUGUAUUCUCGUAUUGAUUUUAUAUUUUUUUGCUUUUCAAGAGUCAAGAAAAUGUGCCUUGUGUUUUAUAAAUAAAAUCAAGCAUUGAAUGCGA